UGGAGAAGUGCGCAUGCGUGCAGCUCUGAGGAGGCGGUAGCUCUGGCGUCGCGACUGGAGGCUGAGUGCUAAACUGUGGGGCGCAAAUGGGAUCCGGCUGUUAGUCGGUAGGCAUAGCUUUGUGUUAUUCUUGGAAAAUUUCGCACCACUUGUGAAUUCCUUGAGCCUGGGCAUUGCAAACCCACUUCUUUUGGGCCAAUCUCAUUUGUACUUUGCUCACAUUAAGACUCAGUUGGCGCUUCAGCAGCUGAAUGCCGUUGCCUCCCAUGGUUCCACAGGACCUUACACUGUAUUAAGUCAGUCAUUCUUGAAAGUAGCCAUGUCAAGACCCAGGUUCAAUCCUCGAGGAAACUUUCCACUUCAAAGGCCACGAGCACCUAACCCUUCUGGGAUGAGGCCUCCAGGACCAUUUAUUAGGCCUGGAUCUAUGGGUCUUCCAAGAUUUUACCCAGCAGGGAGAGCCCGUGGAAUUCCACACAGAUUUGCUGGCCAUGAAUCUUACCAGAACAUGGGACCACAGAGAUUGAAUGUUCAGGUGACUCAGCAUAGAACUGAUCCAAGAUUGACCAAAGAAAAACUGGAUUUCCAGGAAGCACAGCAGAAGAAGGGGAAGCCUCAUGGUAGCCGGUGGGAUGAUGAACCUCAUAUAGCUCCAUCGGUAGGCGUGAAACAAAGUUCUAUAACACAGGUUACAGAACCAAGCCCUAAAGUACAGAGUCGCUAUACAAAAGAGAGUGCCUCAAGCAUCUUAGCAAGUUUUGGAUUAUCUAAUGAAGACCUAGAAGAACUUAGUCGCUAUCCUGAUGAACAGCUAACUCCUGAAAAUAUGCCAUUAAUAUUGAGGGAUAUAAGAAUGCGAAAAAUGGGGCGCCGAUUACCUAAUUUACCUUCUCACAGCAGAAAUAAAGAAACUCUUGGUAAUGAGGCAGUUUCAAGUAAUGUGAUUGAUUAUGGUCAUGCAAGUAAAUAUGGCUAUACAGAAGAUCCACUUGAAGUACGUAUUUAUGAUCCCGAAAUUCCAACUGAUGAGGUCAAGAAUGAAUUUCGGUCACAGCAGAGCCUUUCUGCAUCUGUUCCCACUCCAAAUGUGAUAUGUAAUUCUAUGUUUCCUGUUGAAGAUGUCUUUCGUCAGAUGGACUUCCCUGGUGAGUCCUCUAAUCGGUCUUUUUUUCCAGUUGAGAGUGGAACCAAGAUGUCAGGCUUACACAUAUCAGGACAGUCAGUCCUUCAGCCUGUUAAAUCCAUCAGCCAAUCUAUUAGCCAAACAGUUAGCCAGACAAUGAGUCAGUCUCUGGUUCCUCCGUCUGUGAUCCAACAACCUUUUUCAUCUGAAUUAAUUUCAGCUUUAAGCCAGCCAGAACGGAUCCCACAUAAACCUGUAAUUAAUUCAGCGAAUGUACACAUUGGACCUAGAGGAAGUAAAAAGAAUUACCAAUCAGAGGAUGACAUUCCCAUUCAGUCUCCCUUUGGGAUUGUGAAAGCAUCAUGGCUACCAAAAUUUUCACAUGCUGAUGCCCAGAAGAUGAAGAGACUUCCAACUCCUUCUAUGAUGAAUGAUUAUUAUGCAGCAUCUCCAAGAAUAUUUCCACAUUUGUGUUCUCUGUGUAACGUAGAAUGUAGUCAUUUGAAGGAUUGGAUUCAGCAUCAGAACACUUCUACUCAUAUUGAGAGCUGUCGACAGUUACGUCAACAAUACCCUGACUGGAAUCCUGAGAUCCUGCCAUCAAGAAGAAAUGAAGGCAAUAGGAAUGAAAAUGAAACUCCAAGAAGACGUUCUCAUUCUCCCAGUCCUAGACAUUCUAGGAGGUCAAGCUCAAGUCACAGGUUCCGUAGAUCUCGAAGUCCAGUUCGCUAUACAUAUAGGCCACGAAGUCGAAGUCCAAGAAUUUGCCAUCGGUUCAUUUCCAGAUACAGAUCAAGAUCCAGAUCCCGUUCGCCAUAUCGAAGCAGAAACCCAUUUAGAGGUAGUCCAAAAUCUCACCGAUCAGUUAGCCCUGAAAGAGCCUCAAGAAGAUCAGUGAGGUCAUCAGAUAGAAAGAAAGCACUAGAAGAUGUACAACGGUCUGGACAUGGGACAGACUCUAAUAAACAGAAGCAGCAUGAAACAGUUGAUAAAGGACUCUCACCAGCACAAAAGCCUAAAAAUGUCAGUGGAACAAAGCCAUCAGUUAAAUCUGCAAGCUCUACAAAGAGUGAUGCAAAUGUAGGACAUUCUACUCGUAAAUCUAAGAAUCUUGAAGAUGACACCUUACAAGAAGGUAAACAGGUGUCUGGUAAAGCUUUUUUUCUCCAGCGGAAGCCUCGAAAAGAGCCAUCUUUGAGUUACAAUUCAAUUCUCCUUGUAUCUGAACUACCAGAGGAUGGCUGUACUGAAGAAGAUAUUAGAAAAGUAUUUCAGUCAUUUGGAAAAAUUAAUGAUGUCCUUAUUGUACCUAGUAGAAAGGAGGCUUACUUGGAAAUGGAAUUGAGAAAAACAGUUACUGCAGUCAUGAAGUAUGCUGAAACAAUGCCUCUUGUAAUAAAUGGAAAAAGUGUGAAAAUAUGUAUUCCAGGAAAGAAAAAAGCACAGAACAAAGAAGUAAGGAAGAAGAUGCUAGACUCAAAGAGAUUAUCUGCAUCUACUUCGAAAAAAGAGACAGAUGCUUCAAAAACUGCUAAAAUUUCUACAGCUUCUACUGGCAAAACUGGACAGACCAAGGCUUUAGCAGCCAAAAUAAACAAAUCUGCAGGGAAAUCAGUGGGUUCUGUAAAAUCUGUGAUAACAGUAGCUGCUAAAGGUAAAGCUUCCAUCACAGCAGCAAAAUUUGUGAAGAAGGCUCUGGAAGCUAAAAAGGCUGGGAAUAUCAAAAACAAAGAUUCCAGUAAACCUGUGACUAAGCCAGCAGAUACUGAACUAAAGAGCAAUACAGAAACUGAAGCCACCGAAAAGAAUGCUAAAGAUAUUUCAGACACUACUUUGGAGGCCACAGAAAAUGAACCAGUGAACAAGGAAAUGGAAGAAAUGUGUGUGGUACUUAUUUCUAAUUUGCCUACUAAAGGAUAUUCAUUAGAAGAAAUAUAUAACUUGGCAAAACCUUUUGGUGGUUUGAAGGAUAUUUUGAUUUUGUCAUCUCAUAAAAAGGCAUAUAUAGAAAUAAAUAGAAAAUCUGCAGAUUCUAUGGUAAAAUUUUAUACCUGCUUCCCAAUAUCCAUGGAUGGAAAUCAGCUCUCCAUAAGUUUGGCUCCUGAAAACAUGGACAUAAAAGAUGAGGAAGCUCUGUUUACGACUUUGAUUCAAGAAAGUGACCCAGAGGCAAAUAUUGAUAAAAUUUACAACCGAUUUGUCCAUCUUGAUAAUUUACCAGAAGAUGGACUUCAGUGUGUACUUUGUGUUGGACUUCAGUUUGGGAAAGUGGAUCACCAUGUAUUCAUGAAUAAUAAAAACAAGGCAAUUCUUCAGUUUGAGAGUCCUGAGUCUGCCCAGACAAUGUACAGCUUUCUGAAACAGAAUCCACAAAACAUAGGAGACCAUGUAUUAACCUGCACAUUAUCUCCAAAGAUGGAUUCAGAGGUUCAAACUGAGAACGAUCCAAAUCUAGGAAAAGAAAGCUCUGACUUGAAAAACAGUCCUGUUGAUGAAAGUGGGGUACAGACAGCAGCUGAUAGUCCCUCUGUUAAACCUAGUGAGGCUGAAGAAGAAACUACUCCCAGUAUUCAGACAGAAACUUCAGUACAGCAGGAAGAACUCUGUGAGGAAGAACCUGAAAAAUCACUGUGUGGCUCUGACUUUGCUAUUGAACCAUUGGAAAUUGAAACUAAAGGAGAGGAGGUCAACAUAGAAAUUCCUCUUGUAGCCUCCACUCCAGCCAGUAUUGAAUUAUUGACUGAAAAUAUAGAGGAGUCUGCUUUAAAUCAGCAAGUUUAUACCAGUGACUUUGAGAAAGAAGAAGCACAAAUUACGAACCCUGACACAGAAUUUUCGGUACCUGACAGUGUAUUCAUAGAAGAAACAAACAUCAAGGGAAUUCUGCAGGAAUCUCCUUCUGAAGUAGAUUUGUUGUCUGGUAUUACACAGACUGUUGUUGAAGCUAUUGCUGAUGCGGACAAACAUGAAACUGUUUCAGAAAUAAUUCCACCUGCUUGUGCUGUAGUUCCAGGAAUUUGUACUGAAGAGGAGAAGAUUGUGAGUAAAAGGGGUAUUUCUGAAAAGGGUAGCAUGGAUGAAAAAGAGGAAAAUGAAUUUAAUAACAAGGAAACCAGAGUGGAUUUACAAAUAGAACCAGAGAAUGCUGAGAAGAAUGAAGCCAAGAUGGUUGAAGAAAACAUGGAGAACUUUAUAGCAGUAAUGAAAGAAAAGCCUGUAGAAAAUGCUGUAAUCAAGGCAAACCCAAAUAAAGGAGUGAGUCAGACCAGUAAGCCUGAUGAAACUGGUAAAGUUAGUGUGCUGACAGCAUCACAUGUGUCUAGCAGUAAAGCAAGUGUCAAGGUUGCAUUGAUCUCUUCUCCUAAGGCAAAAGCUACAGCUUCAAAAACUGAAAAUCAGAAAAGUUGCCUAAAAUCUGUGCCCAGAGAUCAAAUAAAUGCUGAAAAGAAACUUUCAACCAAAGAAUUUGGUCCACUUAAAAGUACCAGAUCAGGUUUGGCAGAAAGUAGCAAUAAAUUCAAACCCACUCAGAGUGGUGUUAACAGAGGAGGCAGUGGAAGGGUUUCAGCCCUGCAGUGUAAGGAUUCUAAACUGGAUUGCAAGGAUUCUAAACUGGACUAUAAGGACUUAACAAAGCAGUCUCAGGAAACAGAGACUAGACCUUCCAUCAUGAAACGGGAUGACAGCAACAAUAAGGCCUUGGCUGGGCAAAACAGUAAGAAUUCUAAAAGCACUACUGGUAGAAGUUCCAAAUCUAAAGAGGAACCAUUAUUUACAUUUAAUUUGGAUGAAUUUGUUACUGUGGAUGAAGUUAUAGAAGAAGUAAAUCCUCAAGCCAAGCAGAGUCCAUUAAAAGGGAAAAGAAAAGAAGCUUUCAGAAAUUCUCCUUCCUCUGAACUUAACUUGAAAAAGAAGAAGGGGAAAGUUUCUGUUCCUCGUGGUGUUGAAGGAGAAUUAUCUUUUGUAACAUUAGAUGAGAUUGGGGAAGAGGAAGAUGCAGCUGCACAAGCUUUAGUCACUGUGGAUGAAGUAGUUGAUGAAGAGCUCAAUGUUGAAGAAAUGGUAAAAAAUGCAAAUUCACUCCUUACAUUAGAUGAAUUAAUUGACCAUGAUGAUUGCAUUUCCCACAGUGAACCUAAAGAUGUCACUGUUCUGUCAGUGGCUGAAGAACAAGAUCUUCUUAAACAGGAACGCUUGGUAACUGUGGAUGAAAUUGGAGAAGUAGAAGAGCUCCCUUUAAAUGAGUCAGCAGACAUAACUUUGGCCACUUUGAAUGCUAAAGGAGAUGAAGGAAAUACUGUAAGGGAUUCCAUUGGAUUUAUUUCUUCUCAGAUGCCUGAGGAUCCUUCUACCUUAGUUACUGUAGAUGAAAUACAGGAUGAUAGCAGUGAUUUGCAUUUAGUGACUUUGGAUGAAGUAACUGAAGAGGAUGAAGAUUCUCUGGCUGAUUUUAACAGCCUUAAAGAAGAGCUGAAUUUUGUUACUGUGGAUGAAGUUGGAGAAGAAGAAGAUGGAGAUGAUUCAAAAGUUGAGAUAGCACAAAGCAGAAUUGACCAUCAUACAGAUAAAAAGGGGGAUAGAAAGAGGAAAGCUGUGGAUCCAAAGAAGACCAAACUUGAAUCCUUGUCCCAAGUGGGUCCUGUCAGUGAGACUGUUAUGCAAGAAGAUAUGAAAGCCAUGAUUGAAAGACAUUUAGCAGAUAAACCGCCAAUGAAGAGAGCUAGGAUUGGGAAAGCAUUACUCUCACAGAAAGCUGUUGCAGCAGAACCAGCAAAAGGUGAAGAGGCCUUCCACAUGAGUGAAGAAGCUGAUGAAGAAUCUGAAUUAAAGGAUUCAGAACCAGAUGAAAAGCAGAAGACUGAAGACUCUUUAGGAAAGUCUGUGGCAUCUGAUGUUUCUGAAGAUUUAGACUUUCUUGUACCGAAGGCUGGAUUUUUCUGUCCAAUUUGCUCUCUCUUCUAUUCAGGUGAAAAAGCAAUGAUAAAUCACUGCAAGAGUACACUUCAUAAGCAAAACACCGAGAGGUUCAUGGCCAAGCAGAGAAAGGAAAAGGAGCAGAAUGAGACUGAAGAAAGAAGCUCUAGGUGAUUGAGGAAAGAAGGAAGGAAUUUAUUAGAAAUUUGCUUAGGGUCCAGUUGAGUUGUGUAUUUUUGUUACCACUUAAUUUGUAAUUUUUGUUUCAAAAAGCAAAUAUGUUGUACAAAUUUCUUAUUACCCUUGAUGUAGAGAAACUGAUGGGGAAAAGUAUGAUGGGUUUGAUUUUUAUAUCAAAUCAUCAGGCAUGGGAGAAAUACCUUGUAGAAGUGUUAAAAUAAAUGUUCCUACUGUAUAUUUAAAA